AUGGGAUUAUCAGCUGAAGACGUGCUACAUCAAAUACCUCUGCGGAACGCGCAUGCCGAUUUGCUGCCGCAGGCACAGCGCAAGCUUGAUCUACCACCCCUGGCACUGCCAGAAACAACACCAGCAAAACAACACCUAGAGGCGUGGAUUGAAGAGUGCAGUCAGAUAUCGCAGGCGAUUAAGCAACGAAAGGAUAGAGGCAAACGCUUCGACACAUGGUACGCCGAGAACUGCCUCUCGAAACAGCCCCCUGGUAUCACAGAUUGCGCGGUACUCUCGCCGUCUAGAAGGCAGGUGAAAGAAAACUCCGUAUGA